AUGAAGUCGAACGGUCAGAUAUUCAGGAAAGUGGAGGUGAAAGAGGAGGUGGAGGAGGAGGAAGUGCCCGAAUCCCGGAGGGCCUUCAGGAAUCUCUUCAACUGUUUCUACGCCUUGGGCAUGCAGGCUCCGGAUGGCAGUCCUCCCACGAGGAGCACCACCUGGAGGCGAAUCUAUCGCUGCUUCUCGGUGAUCAUGUACGUGUGGCAACUGCUGGUGGUGCCCACCUGCUUCGUGAUCAGCUAUCGGUACAUGGGCGGCAUGGAGAUCACCCAGGUGCUGACCUCCGCCCAGGUGGCCAUCGAUGCAGUCAUCCUGCCGGCCAAGAUUGUGGCCUUGGCCUUGAACCUGCCAUUGCUGCGGCGGGCGGAGCACCACCUGGCCGCCUUGGAUGCCCGAUGCAGGGAGCAGGCGGAGUUCCAGCUGAUCCUGGAUGCGGUGAGGUUCUGCAACCGAUUGGUCUGGUUCUACCAGAUCUCCUACGCCAUCUACUCCUCCUCGACCUUCGUGAGCGCCUUCCUGCUGGGCCAGCCACCAUAUGCCCUCUAUUUGCCUGGCCUGGAUUGGCAGCGCUCCAAGCUGCAGUUCUACAUCCAGGCCUGGAUCGAGUUUCUCAUCAUGAACUGGACGUGUCUGCACCAGGCCAGCGAUGAUGUCUACGCCGUGAUCUAUCUGUAUGUGGUGCGGGUCCAGGUGCAGCUGCUGGCCAGGAGGGUGCAGAAGCUGGGCAGGAGCGAUGAGGCGAGGGGCGAGGAGGAGGCCUAUCCGGAUGCGAGGAGGCAGAAGGAGCACUGCGCGGAGCUGCAGCGGUGCAUUGUGGACCACCAGACGAUGCUCCAGCUGCUCGGGUGCAUCAGUCCGGUCAUCUCGAGGACCAUAUUCGUCCAGUUCCUGAUCACCGCCGCCAUCAUGGGCACCACCAUGAUCAAUAUCUUCAUCUUUGCCAAUACGAACACCAAGAUCGCAUCGAUUAUCUACCUGAUGGCGGUGACCCUUCAGACGGCUCCAUGUUGCUACCAGGCCACCUCGCUGAUGUUGGACAACGAGAAGUUAUCCCUGGCCAUCUUCCAGUGCCAGUGGCUGGGCCAAAGCCCCCGGUUCCGCAAGAUGCUCCUCUACUACCUCCAUCGCGCCCAGCAACCCAUCACUCUGACGGCUAUGAAACUGUUUCCCAUCAACCUGGCCACCUACUUUAGUAUCGCCAAGUUCUCGUUUUCGCUCUACACGCUCAUCAAGGGGAUGAAUCUCGGCGAGCGAUUUACUGGGACAAAUUGA